AUGCCUUUCGGGGAUGAAAAGCAACUUGGGCACGUGGAGUUGAACCGUGGGGGUGAGCGCGGCUCCCGGGAGGGGCCCCCGAAUGCUGCCGGAGCUGUGAAACCGCCCCCGAGCCGCGCGUCCGCCCCUCCCGGUCUGCCGAACAUCCAGCACCGCGCAGCUACCGCUGGCACAACGGGUCCCGGGGAUUUAUUUGGUCCCGGGGCACCACCCCCUCCCCGGGGAAUCACCUCCCUGACGGCAUCACCUCCCCGCCGGGUCAUCACCUACAGCGUGUGCACCGCCCCCCUCCCCGGUGCACCGAGCUACUGCCGGCGCACCGUGUCCCGGAGCAUCACUCCCCCGGCGGCAUCACACACAGCCCUGGCCGGUGCACCGGACCCCGUGUACCGCAGGGCAACCUCCGGGACGGUGGGGGACCUGCGGCGGACGCCGGGGCCCCCAGGACCGGCCUGUUUACACCGGCGCGGCGCGUACCACCGUGGCGGGGGAGCGGGAGGGGCCUGCCGCCGCGCUGAGCCCCGGCCGCGCCGAGCCGCGCUGGCGGCGCCUCGACCCGGUUACCGCGCCCGGGGCGGGAAACCCGGGCCUCCCUUUCCGAGUACGGGGCCGGCACCGAGGAGAGGCCGACCCCCGUCGCGGCGGCCGCCGCCCCCCCCCGGCGCCGCGGUGGUUCGCCCCGCGCGGCCGCGAUUGGCCGAACGCUUAAAGGGGCCGGCAGCGCGCGCUUUUCCGCCCCGCGGCGCGGCGGCGGCAUCGGCGCGUGCCCCCUCGCCCGCGCGGCGCUGCCCGGCACGCGGGGCGGGGGGGGCCAUGGACGGCGGCCGCCGCGGGACACAAAGGACGGCGCGGCGGCGGCGGGCGACGCGGCGCGGGGCCAUGGCGGCGGCGGCGGCGGUGGCGGGGCCGGGCAUCGGCGGCGGCGGCGGUGGCCCGCGGUACAGCCUGCUGGCCGAGAUCGGCCGCGGCGCCUACGGCGUGGUGUACGAGGCGGUGUCGGGCCGCAGCGGCGCCCGGCUGGCGGUGAAGCGGAUCCGCUGCGACGCUCCCGAGAACGUGGAGCUGGCGCUGGCCGAGUUCUGGGCCCUGACGAGCCUCCGGCGGCAGCACCCCAACGUGGUGCGGUUCGAGGAGUGCGUCCUGCAGCGGCACGGCCUGGGGCAGCGCAUGAGCCACGGCAACAAGCGCAGCCAGCUCUACCUGCGCCUCGUCGAGACCUCCCUCAAAGGUGAGAGGAUCCUGGGCUAUGCAGAGGAGCCUUGCUACCUGUGGUUCGUCAUGGAGUUCUGCGAAGGGGGAGACCUCAACCAGUACGUGCUGUCCCGAAGGCCCGACCCAGCCACCAACAAGAGCUUCAUGCUGCAGCUGACCAGCGCCAUUGCCUUCCUGCACAAGAACCACAUCGUCCACCGGGACCUCAAGCCAGACAACAUCCUGAUAACUGAGAAAUCUGGCACCCCUGUGCUCAAGGUGGCUGACUUUGGGCUGAGCAAGGUCUGUGCUGGCCUGACUGCUCGGGGCAAGGAGGGUGGGCAUGAGAACAAAAAUGUGAAUGUGAACAAGUACUGGCUGUCCUCGGCCUGUGGCUCUGAUUUUUACAUGGCACCCGAGGUGUGGGAGGGACACUACACUGCCAAGGCUGACAUCUUUGCCCUCGGCAUCAUCAUCUGGGCCAUGAUUGAGAGGAUCACUUUCAUUGACGCCGAGACCAAGAAGGAGCUGCUGGGGACUUACAUCAAGCAGGGGACUGAGAUUGUGCCCGUUGGGGAAGCGCUGCUAGAAAAUCCAAAGAUGGAGCUGCACAUCCCUCAGAAACGCAGGACUUCCAUGUCUGAGGGGAUCAAGCAGCUCUUGAAAGACAUGUUGGCUGCUAACCCGCAGGAUCGACCUGAUGCCUUUGAGCUUGAAACCAGAAUGGACCAGGUUACUUGUGCUGCUUAAAUUCAGGGCAGGGCACCGCUGUGCUUUGCAGCUGGAUUUAUUUACCAGGGACCCAUAAUCUCCAUUAUUUACAUGCGACAAGGAAGUCAAAGAUAAGGGAAGAUGCUGAUACAGAAGAUCCCUGGUCUGCAGGAUCUCUGGCAAUGUGAAAUAUUUGGAUGUUACUUUUUUGUGUUGGGAAGGGGUCUUGUGGGGGUGUGGGAGGGGCUGCAGGGCCCUGUGUAAGAACACAAGCUGGCAGCUGUCACAUCGAUGAGACUUUGAAACAAGAUGCAGAGAGCAGAGCUGCCCUUGCCCAGCCCUCCCCGUGUCUCCUAUGCUGCUGUGUGACUCAGUAGAUGUUUCUAGGAAUGUGGUUCCAUAAGGAACUGGGAAUCAGCAGCUGAUGAUGGUGAGGUGUGCUGCCAGGCACCAGCUCUGAGUCCAGCUGUGCACAAUGUUUAAGUUCAAAGCUAUUGAUUUUGCCUAGGGAAAAUGGGAGCAAAGUGGUGGCUAGGUUUGCAUUGGGAGUGCAGUGCUUUAGAAAAAAUGAAUCUCUUGGACCACACGUUUCAAGCAGCUAAAUAACUUCAUAGUCAGGCAGCUCCUGAAUAGGUGGUGCUGCCCAGGCUCGUGAGCAGCUGACAUUAGGAUAGAGUAGGAUAAACAAGCUGGAAAGCCCUUUGGCAAAGCAGGUCUUCCCAAGCUGGAUUUCAUGAUCAUUUUUGUUACUGUCUUGCUAUACAGAGGAAACUGGGGAUCAGCUGAGUACAUUUUGAGGUUGACAUCAUCUGAUUACAAGAGAAACAGAAAGCAGUCCACUGCUCUGAUCCAUUUAAUGCCAAACUUCAGCUGAUAGGAACAAUGCUGUGGAGAGAAGGAGGUUUGGCCUUAACGGGUCAUGGGCUGGAUUCUAGCCUCCCACAGGACACUUUUCCCUGCUAGCUAAUGAUCUCCAGGAAGCAAAAGGCAAUGCUGCUGUUCAGGGUGUGGUACAGUACAGCUCAAGUUAGGAGAUUGGAACCUCAGGCCGAGCAGUUAAUACUCAAUUUCCUUGCCUGUAUUUAAAGCAAAACUCCUAUUCUGGGGCUACCCUGUAUUGAUGAUCUUUAGACUUUGCUCACUGUAAAUGCAAUGUAAAGCACCACCUCUUCUCCACCCUGCAGCCUCUGAACCACCUAAAAUGUUUCUUAGCAGGUGAAAUCUCCCAGCAGUGGUCUUGGAAGUGGGCUGGUCUGACCCAGCAUCACUCCUGACCUGCCAGGGUGCUCAGUCUGGAGCUGGCCAUGGGUAGGAGAGGGGUCCCCCUGACCCCCUCAUCCCUGGUGUGGGAACUGCUCCUUGCCUGCAGCUUUCCUCUGCCAUCACUGGAAGAUUCCUAACUGGCAGCACCUCCAUGUAUCUCCUCUCCUCCUGUGCUGACCUCACAGGAACGAACAGAAAUGGAGGAAAUUCAGGUGGGCUCAGGCAGAGCAGGGAAAGGAUGGAGGGACUUCUUUCUUCUCUUCUAUCUUUUCCAGAACACAAAACUAAAGCUGUAGCUGCAGGAAGGCCUGGCCCUUCUUAGGAGGACCAGAAGGCUCCAGACUGGCUGUCUGUGACUUGUGAAGGUUUGGACAGCACAAAUGCACUGCCAAGCCCUUGUUCUCACACUGUGCUUGUGUUUGUCCCUAGGGAUGCUUCUAUGGGCUGGGUGGGAUUCCUGCACCUUCCUGUGCUGCAUCCCACAGGAAGGGGACAGUGAACUGUUUAGCUCACAAGUGCAGUGUUGUUUAGUGCCCUGAUCACUGGACCAUCCUUCCUCCACCUGGCAGAGCCUUUGCUCCUGACUGUUACAGCUGUUCUAACCCAACCCUGGCCUGAAGGGAUGCAGUAAGAGGGCAGGAGGUGAAGCUGGAAGGCAGUGAGUGGAUUGCCCCGUUCUUCUCAGGACAGGAGUGAGUCCAGCAGGCCCUGGGAGGGUCAACCCUCUUGGUCCACUGCUGUUUCAGGCCAUCUUCAAACCACACGUCUCCACCUCAGCUUUUGCAUUGCAGAUGUGUUUUUCAAGCAGCUUGAUGUUAGUGAGCUAGACCGUAGUGCCUUACUUAGGAUUUAGCAAACACUUCCAAGGAGGAGUCCUAGGGCUGCUAGCCUUUGGCCAACGUGGAUGUUUCCCUGAUUAGUUUGUCCUUUUAAGAGCAUCUCUCUCUGAUUUUGCUGCUGUUUGUGCUCAACUCCCCAGACUAUACAGGAACCUUGUGUUUACAGCUCCCCACAUCUCUCCUUCAGUUACUUUGGCCCAGACCAACACUCCCUCUAGAACAAGAUGGGAACAGCUCAAAUCUGCAUAUGCUGUGGGAUGGAGAAUGUUUAGGCUUCUCUUCCCAGGUGGGUCUUUUGGGCCUCACCUGCCCAGCUCCUGCAGGCCAAACUCUGCUGUGGAUGUUUGGCACUAGGAUGCACUUCUGGGAAAACCCAAGUUUAAGAAAGCAGCACUGAGCCUGUGGCCCAUUUCCCAGCCCAGGGCCACGCUGUCUGUCUCUUCCUGGCUGCAGUGAAGCUGAGCAUCAAGGUGCUGGGGGUAGCUGGUUAGUGUGGGGGGAGCCAAGCCCUCCUUGCAGGACUCUCUGGGCUUGUGUGGCCCCAGACAGUUCCCAUGCCAGGGGAGUGAUUGUAUGAAACUGUUUACUUCUGAUUUUGCUGUUUACAAGAGGGAUGUGGGGUGGGUGGGGGGAACAAGCCAAGCCUCAGGAGGAUUGGGAAACGUAUCUGCACCAGCCUGCAGCAAGGCCGAAACCACCGGCAUCAUGCAGGUGUCACGGGGAUCUCCCAGCCAGCUUUGGUCCAUGGGGAGGAAAGCAGAGGUGGCUCUAGCCUAGAGGGGUUAGAUUAGCUCCCCUAUAUCCCCUUGCUGCUGUGUUUGAGGUUCAGCAGUGCUAGUGACAGAUAAGAGUUACCCCUGUGGUCUUCCUUUACUCCUCAGGACCCAGCUCCUUUACAUAUCACAGGCUCCCAGAGCCUUUUUGGAGCAAUAAGAUGUAAAACAAGCAUUACCAUCGUUGUGGAAAUCCUCCGUUGUGUGCUGUAUCUGUCUCCUCCGUACGCAGUACGAGUCUGGGUUUAAGCCUGCCAGGCGUCACAGGGCAGCUGCUGCAGGGCACCAACUGGGAUUUUUUUCCCUGGGCUUUCUGCAGGCCAGGAGAACAGGGGAACACGCUGCUGCUGUCCUCCCUUACCCCAGGCCUGUGCUGCCUGAGUCUCACACUACAGCUGCCCAGGGCCAGGGUGCUCCUGGUCCCCUUUUCAGCAAUGCUGGCAAGGAAUGGGUGAGUGGAGCUCAGCACCGUGCUCCACUCCUCACAGCCCCCAUCCCAUCAGCCAGGGCAGCAUUGGGAAAGCAGAGCCCCCAUUUGCUUUGCAUUGGGAUGCAGACAAUGCUUGUGCCACUGGCAUGGGAAGAGUUGUGCCAGUGGCUCCUGUGCUCCUCAGCUGGUUCCAGGUACAUCCAGCGUGUGUGAAGCAUUUCCCACUUCAGGGCAGGGUGUCUGAGGUGGUGGGUGUAGCUGGAAGGGAAGUGCAGGGAGCUGCUCUCUUCCAGCUGUGAUCUGCCGGAUCAUUUCUCUGCAGCCUGUGCAAAUGCUUUUAGCCCUGAGGGUGUGUCUGGGCCGCUGGAAGAACUCACAGGGGCCAUACGGGAGUGCCUGGUGUCCCCAGCCUGUUCCCUUCACAGCAGCUGCCCAGGCUAGCAUGGGCCUUCGGUUCACUCACCCAGCAGAAAGCAGCAGCUUUGCGGGGUGAGCUGCUUCACUACCACACCAGGGGGGUUCUGGGUGAGCCCCAGGACAGGGGCACCCCGCUCCAGCCCUGCUGAGGCCUCUCCCCACUCCCCACAGCUCCCAUGCUGAGCUAGCAAGAGCAGAAGGCUUAAACCCAGACUCCAAGCUGAAGAUAAUAUUAGUAAAUGAAUCUGUUUGGGAUUUUUUUUUGUUUGUUGGUUUUUUUUUUUGUUUUUUUUUUUUUUUUUUUGCACAGAAGCUGGUAAUCUAGGACCUAUGUGUGAACAACUUUAUAUAAAUAUUUUUUGUACUUGGUUUACUUGGGUUGGUAUGAAACAUUCUAUUUAAGUUCUUUGAACACUGUGGAUCCCCUGAUAUGUAUGAAUGGCAAAGGCUUUGUAAAUUAAGGGACGUUUGUGUGAAUAAAGUUAUUUGAUGGGGUUGAAAAGCCACACACAACUUGAAACGUGAGCUCUGUGUAUUUGUCCUUUGCUGUUGCUGGCAGCAGUGGGAUUGAAAGGGUGUCCCUGGCAGCAGUGGGCAGACCAAGGCCCUAAAGCAGCUCUGCCUCCAUCCUGGAGGGCAGGUCCAGCUAAGCCCAAGCUGGAACUAGGCUAGCUGGCCUGACCUUGAGGCUUAGGACACUAAACCAAGGCACAGCGGCCAGUGCCAACCAGAACAUGGCUCCCUGGCAUGUGCCACUUGUGGUCCUUUAUGCUUGCCCUGGAUUAGGAUUGGCCCCUGCCUGCACAGAAACACCUCCCCAUCCUGCCCCUUCCUCCCCAUCUGGCCACAAGCUGGCAACCCCAUGGUUCAGGAGCCACAAAGGAUGAGCAGCCCCUCACCCUGGCUGCCCACUCUGGAGGUGCCUGCAAACCGCACAAGGAAAAUGCCCAGCAGAACUGUCCCCUGAGUAGCCACAAUCAGUUUCUCCCUUUGCACAGAUCCUCUGCCCCAAACCCCAGCUGACCGAGCCGCUCACAGCAGCUGGGAGCCUCCAGCCUGCCAUCCACAAUGCGAAAAGCAUCACGAGGCCGAGCCGCAUCCUGCAGCCGCCAGGUUUUCCUGUGGGUGAUGUCCACAGGUGCCCUGCAGCCUGGGGCCGCCCGGAGCCGGCGUGGGACGCGGGAUGUCCCGGCACCCGGGGCCGUCCUCUGCCGCUCGCCAGCGCUUGUGUAACAGCCCCGCAGCCUCGCACGACCCGCGGCAGCCGCAGCGCCCGCGCCGGGACGUGCUGGGCAGGCAGCCCUCCCCUCCCGCUCCCCCUGCGGCAGCCCCAGCGCCGCCGGCCGCCUGGCCGCGGGCUCCCCCCGCACGGCCGUCAGCAUUGUGCGCCUUAAUCGCUGCCGACAGGCACCCGAAAUGGAUGUUUUCAGCCCGGUGGGGCCGCAGGGAGGCUGGCCGACCGCAGCCGGAGCGAUGCUGAGGGGCCAGGGCGGCCCCGCUCGCUGGCUGGCAAGGGGGCCCCAAGCGCUGUUUCCUCCCGCUUCCUGCUGGGUUAUCUCGGGCACUGCGCAGCAACCGCUGUGAGGGGCAGCCCCGGGUGCUCCAACAUCCCCCUAGUCCUGCCCAGAGCUCCUAUCUGCAGGCAGGGAAGGGGCUGCAUUGGCUCCUGUCACACUGGCCCCCAGCGUGGGAGAAGCCCUGAGAUUGUCCCUGUCCUGGUGACAAAUGCAGCUGCAGAGAUCUGCUGUGCUACACCGCU